GCGGCGACGGCGCGGGGCGUGCAGAACGAGAUCCGUAAGCCGGAGACACAUCGGCGGCAGUAUGAGUACAUGUGCUUGGAAAAUGGCAUGCAGGUCUUGUUGGCCUCAGAUAGCAAUUGUGACCGAGCGGCUUGUGCUUUGUGCGUCGGUGUUGGACGGCUACACGAACCGAAGGACAUGCCUGGCUUGGCGCAUUUCUGCGAGCACAUGCUUUUCUUGGGCACAGAGGCCUUUCCCGACGAGGCGGAGUACAAGCGCUUUAUCAAGCGUCACGGCGGGAAGUGCAAUGCUUCCACCGGCGAUGCCCAGACGUGCUACGUCUUCGACGUGGCACCGCUGCAGCUCGCAGGCGCUUUGGACCGCUUCUGCCAAUUCUUCCGAACGCCGCUCUUCACAGAAAGCGCGACCGAGCGCGAGAUCAACGCCGUCGACAGCGAGCAUUCCAUGCGUCUGCAGGACGAUGGCCGCCGGAGCUACGCCGCCCUGCUGUUGGAUGCGAAUCCACAGCACCCGCUGCACUGGGGCUCCGGCAAUGCUCAGAGCUUGAGAGAGGAGCCCAAGAAGCGUGGCGUCCAACUCCACAGCGAGGUGGUGAGAUUUUAUCACGAGAACUACACCUCUGAGGACAUGACCCUGGCAGUGUUGGGCGAAGAGCCUUUAGAAGAGCUGCGGCAGAUGGUCAUGGAGCGCUUCAGCUCGGUGAAGAGCACCGGGCACCGGGCGCUGCGGGGAGAUGAGCACGGAGCGAGUGAGAUGCCAUUCCGGCCACAGGACUUCACCGGGGCGUGCUGGCGGGUGCCUUCGAAGGACUUCAGGCAGGUGAGCUUCGCGUGGCAGCUGCCUAAGUGGCAGGUGCCCUUUUGGAAGAGCAAGCCCGGCAGCUAUGCCUCUCAUGUUUUGGGUCAUGAGGGGCCUGGCUCCUUGCUCUCCGCGUUGAAGGCGAGCGGUUGGGCCACCUCGCUGAGUGCUGGGACGACGGACUUCGGCAGCUUCUCCCAGUUCCAGGUGACCAUUGCUCUAACGGAACAGGGGCUGGAGAAGAUUCAGGAGAUUGGACAGAGGCUCUUCACGAUGAUCGGCCUACUGCGGGCCACACCCGUCUCCCAGUGGAUGCUGCAGGAGAUGCAGCAGCUGCUGGAGGUUCAGUUCCGCUUUGCUGACGAUUCACAGCCCUAUAACCUGGUCUCGCGCUUGGCGCGGAACCUGCAGAACUAUCCUCCGGAGGAGGUCUUAGCUGCUCCGGUACUGCUGUCCGAGCCGGAUGUGGUGCGCACGAAGGACUUCUUGCAACACCUCAUGGUGGAUCAAGUUCGAGUGGAACUGGUCUCCAAGAGCUACAAGGACCGAUGCGAUCAGCAGGACCCUUGGUAUGGAGGUCGCUAUCACCGUGGUCCCUUGGAGGCCAGCUGGUUGGAAGCUUGGCGGAGAGUGGAGAUCCCAGGAGCUUCCAAGGCGAAAGCUGAGGAGUUUGGGAUCCGCAUGCCCGGGCCCAACGUGUUCGUGCCGGAGGACCUCUCUGUGACGCGGACCCCCGCAGACGCGCCUCUGACUCCGCAGCGGCUGCGGCCCUGUGCCAAGCAGAUGCCGGUGUGGCAGAUUUUCCACCGGAAGGAUGACCGCUUUCUGCAGCCGAAGACCUUUGUGGCCUUCAACUUUCAAUGCCCAAGAUCCUCCGAAGAUGCGUUGCGCUAUCUCUUGACGAAGAUUUGGUGCGCUUGCAUUGAAGAGGAGCUGAAUGAGUUCUCCUAUGAUGCGAGUCAGGCGGGUCUUUCAUACAGCUUGGAUGCUUCCGGUACAGGCAUCACCUUGCUGGUCGCGGGCUUCAGUGACAAGCUGCCAGUGCUGCUCGAGGCAGUGGUAGCCAAGAUGAAGGAGGCAGUGUCUCCGGCUACCUUCAAUUUGGUCCUAGACCGGACACAGCGGAUGUUGCGCAACUCUGCACUGAAGAUGAGGCCCUGCGACCUAGCGGUGCGCAAGAGCCGCGAGCUGACGCAAAGGCACAGCUUCAGCGUGGAGGAGCAGCUGAAGGUCUUAGAUCAAGUCACUGUGGAGGACGUGCAAAGCGAACACCAGAGGCUCUUCCUGGAUGCCUUCAGUGAAGCCUUGGUCACGGGCCACGCGGACGCUCCGGAGGCUCAACGUCUCUGUGCGCUCUGCUCGCUGGCGAGCCCCGAGAAUGGACGCCCCGCGGAGGCGCCAGAGGAGGCGGAGCUUCCAGAGGGUCGGACCUUGUGGGUGAUCCCCGGAACCAAUCCCGAGGAGCGCAACAAUUGUGUGGUGAUGGAACUGCAACUGCCAGACGGCUUGCAGCAAAGUGUCUUCACUUCCCUCCUGGUGCGGAUGUUGAAUCCCAAAGUCUUUGAGGGAACACUGGGAGUCCGGGCCGAGAGCAACAUCGCUGACACUGCCGAGAGCAAUCGGAGAAUUCACCUGGUUCUCCAGUCAAGUCUCCAUCGGCGCUCCAUCUUUGGGACAGACCCGGCUCCAAGAAAGAACAUCCCAUGGUUCGGGUCAUCCAGUGUAGUCGAUCUUUUGACUCACCGACCCGGGCACCAUGCAUUCGCAUGCAUUCGGACUCUGGGGAUGUCCUUUUGUCAGGACUUUGCGCCAACCAAGGGUCGAAAAGGCUCCUGAUAGUGCUCCUGAUAUAUGGUGAACAGAGUUGCUUCGCCAGGGCUGCCAUUAUACAUGUAUUUCUACUCCGACACCAAUUGGAAUUCUACGGUUGAGUGUGGAAGACAUGAGGGAUCAUGAG